AACAACAAAUGAAUAGGAACAUAAUCAAGAAAGUUCAGACUUUAACAAAAAACUUGUCGAUAAAAGUAUUUAUGAAAAUAAUGCAUUUCAACAAACAUUUAACUCAAAACUUAGGAACAAAAAAUUUCGAAGAUACAAUAUAAUAUAAAUCUACCACUUAGAAACAAACUAAAAUUGAUAGAAUACAUGAAAGAAAAAGUUAUUGAGAGAUAGUGAAGCAAAGUUAAAUACAAUCUUUUUACAAAUAUUUGGUUGUAAUUAAGUGUUCUCACCUCACUGAACACAAAAAAAGAGAACAACGUUACAAAUAUAAAAAUUAUUAUGGAAAAAUUGUUUUUCUUGAAGCCACUGAUACCUUUAUUAACACUAAUACCUUCAUUAAAAACGAUUUCUAUUCGAAAAAUUCUUUGCGGAAGUAAAACAAAAACGAUUGAAUGGUGAACAUGUUUUAUUAAGGUUGUUAGUUAAUUGCUAAAAAUUAAAAUGAAGAAAGAUGAAUUUGAAAGUUUAUUAGUAACUGACAAUUUUCAUUUUACAAGCGCCUUUCAAGUUUUAAAUGAGAUGCGAGUAAAUGAAGAAAUGUGUGAUGUAAUUUUAUGCACUGAUGACAGUCUACGGGUUCCAGCACACCGUGUUGUAUUAAGUGCUUGUUCACCUUAUUUUCGUGCUAUGUUCAACACCAACUUUUUAGAAGCUCACCAAUCUGUUAUACAUCUUAAAGACUUAGAAGGUAAUACUUUAGAAGACAUCAUAAGCUAUUUUUACACUGGUAAAUUGCGCAUAAAUUAUGACAAUGUAGAAGGUGUCAUAAAACUUGCAAAAGUAUUCUAUAUUAAUAAUUUAAUAAACAAAUGUGAAAUUUUUUUGAGAAGAAAUAUGUCACCUAAAAAUUCACUUGGUCUAGAGGCAUUUGCAUUGCAUUAUUCUCUUUCAAACCUGAAAGAUCACGCAACUCGUUACAGUUGUUGGUAUUUUGAUUUUAUCAAAGAUGAGGAAGAAUUUUGUUUACUUCCUUUUCAAAGUUUAAAGUGCUUGAUUCAAAAUGAUUCCUUGAAAGCUACUUCUGAAGAAUUUGUUUUAGAAGCUGUUAUUAAGUGGUUAUUUUUUGAGUAUCAAAACAGGAAGAAUUAUGUGCCAGAACUUUUACCAUUUAUUCGCUUUCCAUUAAUGAGCAUGCAAUACCUUGAGAACAGUCAAACCAUAAAGCUUCUUGUUGAUAACUUCUCAUUAGCCCAAGUAUACAUAAAUGAAGCUCUUCAAUACAAAAACUUUGGCAUUUCAAAAAAUUUGGAUAUUGGAAAAGUGUGCUCUCCAAGAGCUGCUUCAGAGGAUAUCUAUGUAUUAGGAGGUUGGUCAAAUGGACAAAAAUUAAAGUCUGUUCAGUGUUUUAAUGUUGACACAUUGAAAUGGACACCAGUUCAAAAUAUGUCUGUGGCACAUCUUACAAAAGAAGAUUACUUCCGAGUGAUUGUUUCUAAUGAUGAGCUGUAUACUAUUUGUAUUGGUAAAGUAAUGAAAUAUGACCCUGUGGAUGGUAUGUGGUGUAAAGUAGCCUCAGGACCUGAAAUGCCAUGUAAAUGGUCAGGUAUAUGUGAGUGCAAUGGAAUUAUUUAUGUUAUUGGAGGUAAUAAUAUGAAAGAAAGUAAAAAAUUUAAUACUGACACUUGUCAAUGGAGUACUUUACCUGAGAUGCAUCAAGUAAGAUUUUAUCCUGGAGUUGCUGUUUUUAAUGGAAAAAUAUAUGUAAUCGGAGGUUUAGAUAAUAAUUGGAGCCCACAGAAGGCAUGUGAAUGUUAUGAUCCAGCUGUUGAUACAUGGAUAGAUAUUGCUAGAAUGAAAACUCCUAGGUGGAGUUUGGGAGUAGCUGUAUUAAACAAAAAAAUAUAUGCUAUUGGAGGCAGUCACAAAGAUGAACAGUUAUCAAACUCAGUAGAAGUAUAUGAUCCUCAACUUGGAUAUUGGGAGCGCUCAGUAGCUACUUUAAAUUAUGGGCGACGGUGUCUUGGUGUUGCUGUUGUAAAUAAUUCAAUUUACGUUGUUGGAGGUCGAAUAGCAAAUACAAUAGAAUGCUAUAAUCAUGCCCUUAAUGAAUGGAAAGUAAUUGGUUCAGUUCGUGCAUGCUGCAAUUUCGGUUGUGUUGCAUUAAGAAUUAUAUAAGAGCUAUUUUUUUAAUGCAAGUUCAUGUUGAAGCAAUUCUGAGCAACUUUUGUGUUUUUUUUUAUUGUAUCUUGCAAUCAUACUGCAAGUAAAAUUUUUGUGUGAUACUAUUUAGAGCUUAUAAGUUUUUACAUUAGAAAUUUAUUUAUUUUUUAUGUUUAUACUAUUAAAAUUGUUUUUUAAUAAUGAUAUUUUAUAUUUGGUGAAAGUACGGCCAUUUAAAGUUCUGUAUAUAUUUAUUUGUAUCUAUUUAAUUUAAGGAAUAAUUUUAAU